GAGUUGACAGAAGAAACCUGUAUGGCGGCAACGGUCGUGGGAGAAGGCCGUCGUCUCCGGGAGGAUUUUGAGGUGAAAGCGACGCAUCAUUCGAACAUGAGCCUCUCGUCGGUUGCAGGACACUGGCUGGGCUCUGAAGCCAUGGGCUUG